UUGUGAGCCAUUUUGUAGUUGUUGUGUAGCUAUCCCAUCUCCUCUCUUUCUCUCUCUAUCUGAAAGAUUCCCAUUUAUUUAUUUAUUUAUUUAUUUAUUUAUGAUCUUUAAUACCAAACCCUUUUUCUUGGAUUCCAAAUUCUGAACCGGUUUCUGAGUUGUAAACCCACAGAUUGUAUUGGAUGUGGAGGAAGCAACAAGAGGAGAGACAAACACAUGAUUGUGAUGAUUCUGUGGAUUCUCAAUCUUCCAAAGCCAAAACCAAAACCCCCUUUGCAUAUGAGGACCCCUUCUCAUGGGAAGAGCAAGCUUUUGCUGAAGAUGCUGCUGGCGGCCUUGGAGGCUGCGUUUGGCCUCCGCGCUCUUAUUCUUGCUCCUUUUGUAGAAGAGACUUCCGUUCAGCUCAAGCCUUGGGCGGCCACAUGAAUGUCCACAGACGAGAUAGGGCUAGACUGAAGCAAUCCCCAAAUACUCCCAAUCACAACCCUUUCACUAAUUCCUUCCCCUUUCAAUCCCCUUCUUCUUCUUCUUCUUCUACUUUUUCUUAUCAUCUUCCUACCCCUAAACCCUAUUUGGUCCAUCCACCGCCCCCGAACCACCGACUAACUUCAAAGGCGGGGAAAGAUGAGAAUUUUACAAAUUCUUGCUCUAGGGUUACAGACAACCAUCACGUUGGAAUUGGGAUUUUGGAUGACGGGUUGAAUUUCAGUUUCGGACCACCUUGGCCAACAUCGGUUUUGUUUGACGAUGACGGUGGUCGGGAGGAAGCGGGGGCGGAUACCAGUUGCAAGAAGAGGAAGACGGAUGAUGAAACGUCGUCGAUACAAUUGUAUGUGAAGUCAAAUAAUUCGGUAGAGAAUCAUCAUCGUCGUCGUCGUGAUCCUAUUGAAUCGGAGGUAAUUGGAGUUAGCUCUAGCCCCUUCCAUGAUUUGGAUCUUGAACUCAGGCUUGGUGGGGUUUGAGUAAAAUCAAAAUCCCAUUUUCUCAAAGCUUAGUGAGCAAAUUCCAUGAUUGAAUUUCUCAUCUGGGUUUGUGUUUGUUUGAAUUGUUCGUUUGAGCUAGUGAACCUCUUCAUUUUUCAGUAUGUGUAACAAAGAGUUGGAAUGAAUCUUUUAGACCAUUGUAACAAUAAACAAAUCAGGAAAGAUUCAAUACAAUCAUCUCUAACUUCACUCAAAACAUAUGAGAAUUCAAUCCUUCUUAUAUUA